AUGUCUGAGCUGCUUGGAAACUUCUCCCUUGAGGACUUGAUGACUUCGACUGCCGAGCAGGGCUCGAGCACCGACAGUCUGCCCGACUUUGACAUGGACAUGGACUUCGACAUUGACUCGCUCGACUUGCCUGCUGACCUCUCCGACAUUCCGACUGGCGGCAUGGACUUGUCUACCCCUUCCCUUGAUCUCUCUGUUUCUGACUUUGACUCCAACUUCAACGCCGACUCUGGCCUCUUUAACUCCCGUCCUAGCUUCAACAGCUUGGAUCUUCCCAACCUGAGCCAGUUCGUCCCUCCGCCCAUGAUACCUCAACAGUUCAUGCCCAUGUACGCUCCCCAAUACCCCUUUGGAUACAUGCCUCCUCCUGGUUACAUGCUCGUUCCUGCUUUCUACUCUCAACAGCCAAUGAUGCCCAUGAUGCAGCCUCCUAUGCAAAUGCCCAUGCAGAACCCCAGCUACCCGUUCACUGCCACUCCUGAUGCACCUGCUGUCCCAAGCUUUGAUCUCGACAGUCCUGAGCCAAUGUCUGAUGUUUCUGUAUCGACUCCUGUUAGAAUGUCUUAUAGAAAUGCCGGCAAGAAGACCACAUAUGAGGACACCCCAACCCCUUCGCCCACUCCUGUCAAGCGUCAAAAGAAUAUGCUUGCCGUUGCCAAUCGUUCUGUCACUGUAAGACGCGCUGAAGCAAAAAAGGCUGGCAAGAUUCCUAGACCUCUCAACUCGUUUGUCUGCUACCGUGCUGCCUAUGCUAACCGUGUCAAGCAAUGGGCCUCCAAAGAGAGCCACCAGGACCUCUCGAUUAUUCUUGGCCAGAGUUGGAAGAUUGAGCCUAAAAACGUUAAGGAUUUCUAUAUCAACUGCGCUGAGCUCGACAGGGCCAAUCACAACGAUGCUUUCCCUGACUACAGGUUCCACCCUGGUAAACCUGGUAAGUCCGGUGCAUCCAAGAAGUCUGCCUGCUCUGUCCGCACUGCGUCUCCUGGAAGUGAUGAUGAGCCCACACCUAGACCCAAAAAGACAAAGCAGCUCACUCCUCUUCUUCCUGCAAGUGAUGAGGAUGAUGAGAUGACUUCCUUGUUUGGCGACAGUCCCGCUCCUACUCCCUCCAAGUACAAUUUCCGUCGUAGACUUACGUAA